UUGGCCCUCCAAGGGAAAAGUUUGGGCACCCUUGACAUAGGGGAAAGAGGAAACGUUGUCAAUGCUAAUAAAGUUUGAGAUUUUGAACCGGAAGCUAUCGUAAAGCAGCCGUUUGUUUUGUCGUGCAGCCGUCAGGUUGCCAUAACGACAUUCAAGAUGGCAGCGAUGGCAGCUGGAGACGAGCAUGCAGCUUCUGAAGUGUUGAGAGGACUCGCUCGACAUCUAAACUGUCUCAACGAGGACAACAAGGCGACCAGAAAGAGAGCUCUGGAGUUGAUAAAGAGGGAGACUGUGGAUAAAGGACUCUCCAGCAGCGUGUUACAGGAGCUUUUCUCUGCUCUCCUCAAGCCUCUCCUCACCUGUCUGUCAGACCCGACGGAGAGAUGCAGAGAAACCGCCAUAACGACCAUAACAGAGUUCAUCCGCUGUGUCCCCAAACCGGAGGAGUCUCUGCCGUAUCUCAUGCCGUGCCUGGCUCAGAGGCUCGGGGAGAAGGAGCUCCAGGAGCCGGCGGAGGAGCUGCGGCUGUCGGCCGUGGAGCUGCUGAGUCUGACGGUGGAGGUGUGUGGGAAACAUUUAGCUCCGUUUCUCACCGACGUGAUCAACAUACUGCAGAGAACCAUAGUAGACCCGUUCCCGGAGGUCAGGAGAGAGAGCUGUAAAUGCACCGUGAAGUUUGCAAAGUGUUUGCCAGAGCACUUUCACAUGCAGGCCGAGAGUCUCGUCAAGCCUCUCAUGCAGACCAUUUCUCACCAACACUCGCGGGUACGAGUGUCUGUCAUCGAAGCCACCGGCGCUGUCAUUCAGCACGGCACUGGGAAAAACGUGGACGACGUGCUCUCUCACCUGGCGCAGAGACUGUUUGACGACUCGCCACAGGUGAGAAAAGCUGUGACUGCGGUCGUUGGGGAUUGGCUACUUCACAUGAGAGACCGAUACUCUUAUUUCCACAAACUCAUCCCACUCCUGCUGAGCGGUGUCGACGAUGAGAUCCCAGAAAUAAGACUUUUAGCAGCUGAUUUAUGGAAGCAGGUCGGCGCCCAGUGGGAGACGGAGAAUGAGGACGAAAUCAAGGACAAGAUGGACUUUCUCCUCACUCCACCUCCCUUCUACCCGCCAGGAGUGGAACGUCCGGGGCUUGGCUGCAGAGAGCUCGUGGUGAGGAAUCUGGGCAGGCUGGUGCCGGCCAUUAGCCACGACAUAACCGACUGGCUGGUGCCCACGCGGGUCAGGUCCUCUCAGCUGCUCUCCGUGCUGCUGUUGCACGCCGAGGACCACAGCACCCAGCAUCUGCAGCUUCUCCUCGCCACCCUCUACCGGGCCUGCACCGACGCAGAGAGAGACGUGGUCCGCAAUUGCCUGGCAGCUGCUAAACUGUUGGGGACCUUUGUCCCUCCUGUCGUCUUCCUGAAGCUGCAGCUGGAUCAUGUGACAACCCCCUUGUCUUCCUCUCACCCCUGGACCCCCCUCAUGGUGCUGGCUGCGGUGCUGGGAGGCUGCUCCAAAACCCUCCUUAAACCGCACCUUGAACAGAUCGCCAACACGCUGGCCCAGCCCGACGUCUGCCAGGAAUGUCAACAGGUGGUGUACUUGGAGCAGUUGUUGGCCUGCGUGGAUGCGCUGCUGCGUCAGUGCGAGUCGGACCACGGCUCCGUCAGCCUGCAGCUGCUGCAGGUGCUGGUUGCCGUCCAGAGCCUCUCCACCGAGCCACGUCUCAGCGAACAGGCCGUGGAGAGUGUACAGUUCUUGUGUAAGGUGCAGGGCCUGGACUCAGCGAUGGAGCUCUAUAGACAACAUAUGGCCCAGCUGCUGGACUGGCUGUCCGCCUCUGUCAACACCUGGUCCAGUUACUCCCCACAGAGACUCCAACUGCAUAUCAUAGUCAUACAAUCAGGUCCAGUGAUCGGGGAGUUUGUGAGCCAGUUGAUGCCCCUGCUGUACAGCUGCCUUCAUCCGGAGAGAGACGUAGAGAUGAGGAUGAGCAUCUUCACAAUGCUUGCUAAGUUGCUACUGGAUGCAACCAACACACUGGAUUCCCAGGGGCGUUUCCGUGACGAGUCCGAGAAGUUCCUGUGUGGCGUCUUGCUUCCUAACCUGGUGUGGCGUGCAGGCCGUACUGCCGCCGCCGUCCGCACCUCAGCCCUCAGCUGUCUGCUGGCCCUACUGCAUGGUGGGGCCCUCACACCUGGACAGCUGCUGUGUCUGGAGGAGAAACUGAGUCCUCAGGUGUUGUCAGCCCUGGAAGAGGACUCUCAGAUGGGCAGACUGUUGGCUUGUCGUUCCCUGUCCGCCAUACUCCGACUCAUAGGAACCAGCAUGCACCCUGAGGCCCUCAACAAGAUCUACCCCGCGUUGCUGAAGCGACUAGACGACAGCAGCGAGGAGGUGCGCAGCGUCGCCCUGCAGGCCGUCGGGCUGUGGCUGUCCAGCCUCACCAAAGAAUACAACCCUGAGCUCUUUGCUCCUCAUCUGCAGCUCCUCUUCCAGCAGCUCCUCCUGCACCUGGAUGACCCCGACGGCUCGGUCCAGGACAAAGUGCUCGAGAUCCUGAAGAAAGGCAGCUCGGUCCACCCGGCACUUCUGAAGACGGAGACGGAGGCAGUGAGAGACAAACAGCGGAGUCCUCUCUACUGCGACCAGCUGCUGCAGCACAUCAGCUCGCUGCCCACAGAAACCACAGCAGAGUGUCCCGAGUGACACGAAGUUUGUGCCUUAAUUCAAAGAACUCUCUCACUUUUAAUUGUACAACAUUGAUGAACAACAUGCCGAUAAAAACACGAUGGAGCGUAGUUGACAUAAGGACUCAUUCUCCAUCAAAUGAAUCUCAGUCAUUAUUGCCUUGAAUUCAUUAACCCUUGUGUUGGUGAGUAGAUGACUGACUUUUAGAUGAACUUUUCAAUGUGCCUUUUAAUGCAGAAUUUCUCUGUCACCAUUUGUUCAAGAAAAGUAUUCAUUCCUGUUAUUGUAAACCUUUGGUUCUGGUGUUUGGUUUUAAUGAAAACAAACCGUUUUUUUGAUG